GACAGAAAAUGACUGGUAGCGAGACUAAACCGAGCCAAGCGGACAAUAUACAUAUUCGCGCAAUAAAAUUGAGUGAAAGCGAUGACGUGCUUAAAUUCAUACAAAUACAUUUCUAUCCAGACGAACCGAUGAACAUUGGCAGCGCCCAGGGACAUCCGGACCUGGAGGAUGAGCAGUUCAAUAUUUCACUAAUAGCGCAUGGAACCAGCUUAAUGGCGGUGCAACAAGAAACUGCUGACGGCUUUCAAAGUGAACGCAUAGUUGGCAUUUUGUUGUCUGGUCCGAAGCAUAGUAAUGAAGCUGAACAUUUAUUUAAGGAGGCUGCGCGUUAUGGGUCCUCCAAUUGGGGUACGCAGGUGGGUAUAUUGGCUCAAGCCGAGCGCGACUCUAAUGUCUACGAGCGUUAUAAUGUUGAGAGAGCGUUGCAUAUAUAUGCGCUGGCGGUUGAUAAGAGUUUACGUGGACGUGCAAUUGGUAUGAGACUUAUAAAGAAGUUCAAAGGAUUGGGGCGUGAGCUCAAGUAUCCACUUAUGACUUUGGACUGCACCAGCUUCUAUUCGGCGAAAUUAGCGGAACGUUUGGGUAUGGACUGUGUGAAUGUUAUUAAGUAUGCUGAUUAUCUGGAUAAGGAGGGUAAGGUGGUUUACAAGCCGCCACCGCCACAUGAAUAUCUGAAAACGUAUGCCAUGAGGUUGUAAAUGUUUGCACUUUAUAAAAUAUUUGGAUAUAUGAAUUUUAUUAGGCGCUAAGUGUAAUAUAGGCUUUAA